AUGUCCGCCGUUACAGCCGUCUUCGAUACUACAGAGCUCCUGGAGGCCAUACUCAGUAGAGUGGAUACCAAGACGCUGCUACUUGCACAGCGAGUAGAGAAGCGAUGGCAGCAAGUGAUCAACAACAGCAAAUCAUUGCUAAAGAAGCUCUUCUUUCUGCCAACAAACACUUUUGACGACAUUCUGGAUCUGGGUUUCCUCGAUGUGGCGGACUCGGAAAAGUACAACAUCCUUGACUCGACCUCCAACCGGUCCAAGUGGCUCGAGCAAGUUGUCAUCAUGAACGAUCUUCUCUUUGACACGACACGCGAAUGGAAGCUCAGGUCGGUCGCUUUUGCCAGCCCUCAUUCUCCUCCAAGCGACGUCACUCCAUCCUGGAAACGGAUGCUCUUGACACAACCGCCUCCGAGUACUGGCAAUGGAGAUGUCAUGUUCUGGUUUGAGGAUGCUCGCGAUAACGACGAGCUUUGUGAAGAAGUCGACACGAUGGGCGAGAUGAUGCAGAAGAUCUACGGCAAAGAGCGACGCUUGCGAGGCUUUCACGUUAGCUGGGACACAGCCGCUGUUCGACCAGUCAAGCAUCCAGUGGCAGGAACGUAUUACGUUAAGCUGUUGAACCAGAGGCAGAGGGAACGCGAGAUUGCGGCCGAAGAAGAACUCAUGGAAGUUACAGUAUUUGACAGCAAGGGAGAAAUCGAGCAAGACCCGGCUGUAGAAGAGGCUCGCUCGGGGCUGAAUAGUCCCAGUCGUUCUCACAGAGAGGGAGACGAUGAAACAGCAUAG